AUGGCAAAACUUGGGAUGAAAGCUCUUUGGGCAUUUUGCACAAUACAACUUUAUUCCAUCAGAUACACCAGUGCACGUGUCUGUGAUUUCGGAGCUCCAAUAAAGCCACUCAAUAGAUAUGCUCUAGUAGGAUGUGACAUUGAUAUGGAUGACAGUAAGAAUGCAACCGUGAUAUGCCCUCGCCAAGUCAACGACACCGAGUAUGUAUGGCAUCCCCAACCAAAUUUAGAUGAUCACGCUGCUAUUAACACAUACGUCAGUGAGAAUGGGAUGUUUCGUUCCGUUGCACUUUCGGAUGUAGUGCUCUCCGAAUCUGGGGUUAAGCUGUUCGGGAUGGAUUCACCUCGCUCUCACACAACGCUUAGCAUCGACUUACCAACAAAUAAGCUGUUCGCCAUUACUGAGAACCGUUUGAUAUUUAUCUGCGGCCCGCGAAGUCUAGUUUUAAGCGAUGCCUUGCAGCGCCACCUGCACCGCCUUGGUGGUUUCCGGGAAAAACAAUCGUUCCCAUGGAUGCCACCCACGCCACUGGCCGAGGAGAUAACCAAGAUAGGGAAUGGAUUGGGUGUAGUUUUCGUGAACAGAGGGCGUGAUAAUAUACCGCUUCAGGGCUGUGGUAGCCGCCCCUCAGCGCUUUUUGCACCGGACAACGUGGUUGCUGUAGACCCCGUAACCGGGGUCCGAUCAUGCGUAGUGGAUCCCAUGUCAGAUACGCCCAUUGGGUUCCUCUGCGAAGGCAGGAUUGAACCUGCGGAUUGUAUGAGAUCACUCUUGGACGAGAAUGGCGAAGUUGUGAAGCCUCCUCGGCCACAUUCGUAUAGGAAAUUCGAUAACGUUCCGCCUUGGAGGGUAGCGCGAUAUUUUAAUGACUUAGCAUUCCCUAUGUUCACUGGCGAAUGUAGAUGCAUAGGUUCCGACACAGGUGAGUUAAUGGCCAAGAUUGAGAUCCGUUCGAAAACCGACUACGUUUGUGACAUUUCCAGCAUGAUCGUCCGCAACCGUUCGCAACCAAUCCGUGGCCCUUGGUGUUCAGUGGUUCUCCAUCCCGGCAGCACCUUGACCAUACGGUUCCCAACAGUGGAUGCCGAUUCGGCGACUAACGAUGAUGCAACGCAACUGCUGCCUACCGGUGAAUUCGAAGCUGAAUUCCUGCCAAAGGACUUGACUACACUGCGGCAACUUAAAACAACAUAUGAUAUUGAUCUUUACGAAGAAAUCCUAUACAACAAAGCCCUUGCGGAAGAUGCUCUUGAGCUGGAUGUUUCCAAAAUGGACCAGGGUGAGGUAAAAUUUAAGUACCACGAAAACAAGCUUCUUGCGUUGAAAAGGCGUCGCAACUCGUUUUUGUACCAUUGGCGACUGAAAUCCACGAAUGAGGACUUUCCAGAUAAGGUACGCGCCAUCGUAAAAGUGUCCUUGGCGUUGACGCAUCACUACCGUGCUAUCGCUUGCGACCGAGGGACACCAGCUGUAUUUGACCCCCAAAGAAGCAAGCAAUAUUGUUCAUUAAAAUCUAUGGCGAAUGGUUUAGGGGACGUUUACGAAUGCAAUGCCUAUAUUAAUGAUGGCUUUAAACAGGUUGGGAUCUAUUGCAGAGCCGAUGAGUUUCUGCUACCGCGCAAUUGUGAAUCUAUGGGAUACGACCUCCACUCACAUAGGAUUAGACGAUUCUAUGCGUCGGUGCAGCGCGGAGCGGUCAACGCUAUCCCAGGAUUUCAGGUGUUUGAUAUUGGUACGCAAAAUCCCCCUAUAAGUUACGCUUGCAUGUGUGUCGACCAAGAUGGGUACGAAAAGUCCAAGCUCAUUUUGGAGUAUAGCCGAGAAGUGUAUCGCAGCUACACUGUUCGCCUAGAAGACGCAUCUCGUACGUUGCUUCCUCACAUAUUACUUCCUUGGGGCGAGAUAGGAUUAUCAAGCCAAGACCUAACCUCAUCAAUGCCUCUUAUUCUGUCGAACGUAUCCAUAAAGUCCGUUAAACUACACGUGGGCACAAAGUUGACCAUGCCAUGUGCUUUUGAUUUCAGCAUUGAGAAGGUUGCAGGCAGUCGAGUAUUACGAACGACAUGGCUUCCAAAGCAGCCCGAUGAAUUUCAUUAUACCAUUAGCAACACAUCAUAUGGGCGUGAGCUUAUUAGAAGAUCACACAAAGAUGUCAUUGUUGGAACGCCAAGGGGGCUGAAUUUUGUUUUCAUUAAGAGAGAGAUGAGUUAUGGCUACCAAUUUUUGAUUAUCGAAUCUCGUAGAGGCUCCAUUGUGAUAUCUAAGAAUAUGACAAACACGAAAUAUGUACCAAUGACGUUCCUAUGCACCAAAACACCUGUACCAUCGGAUUUUACUCUCGUCACUGGUGACGGAUCUACGCCAGACGUAUCUGCACCGUUCAUUCCCAAUUCCAUAGCAUCAUCUACCCGAUACACCUGGAAUGUCGUUGAAGUUGACGUCGAGACCACCGACCCGUACAUGCAAGGCUGCGGAGUUACGUACUCUUCAGAUGAGUUGUUCAGGCCUGAGACGCCCCAACUUUAUGACUCUGAUGGAAAACCGCAGUUCGGUUGUAAGAUUGACCUUCAGGAUGAGGAGGAAGCCGCGUUCUACUGCCCACCACCGUAUUUCCUCGACCCACCCAACUGUUUCAGCCGGGUCUUUGUUGACGGUAUAGUCAAGAACACGGUCGAUCUCAGUGAAUCGUUGGUAGCGUCGCGAUCUAACCACUUCGUCAUCCUGAAGUUCGACGAAUCACUCGUAGGACCCGGGGAGACGCUGCACCAGACGCCGCCAUUGCAAUGCCGCUGCAUCACCGUCAACGGCACCGUACUCUCAACCAUCCAGAUUGAGAACUAUUACUCCAAACUUUGA